AUGUUAAAUCUAUGCGAAAAACGUACAAUCAUUUGUGGCCUGCGAAGAUAUUCUCAAAGAGCGGAAAAUUUGUACAAGUUCUUCAGUGAAGAAGAAAAUGAGAACCAGAAAUACAGAACUCUCGAUGAGAAGGACUACAAGAGAUUUCUGAGUAAAAGAUCUCUGACCUACAAAUCUUCAGCUACGAGACAGUUGAUCGCUAAAUCUGUGAGAAGUACAAGAAAAAUAUGCCGAAAUUUGGGAGAAGGUAUGCCCAAUGAAUAUACGUUUCCGUUCACUAACCUCGAACUCACGACAAGGAGUGGAGACAGAAUAACAAUAGAAGGAGCCCAGUUGGACGAGGCCCUACAGUAUAUACCACCGAGAGGAUUGCCGUGUCUACAUCAUGAGCUAACUAACUUCCAACAAGAGCUUCAUCGCCCGCCUCCUCUUGCUCGUAGUCUCUUACUCACCAACGGAGCUCAACACGGCAUACAUCUUUGUACUGAACUGCUUGUGGAUCACGGUGAUCCCGUCGUGGCCACUGAAUACUCGUACAUUGGCUUGAAUGGGAUUUUAAAACCCUAUAAUGUGGAAUAUAUCGGGAUCAAAGAAGAUAAAGACGGUUUGAUUCCAGAAGAAUUAGAAUCAGUGCUUAAUACAAGACUCAAACAAGGACUCAAAAUGCCAAAAGUACUAUUUGUUGUUCCAACAGUCAGCAAUCCUACUGGUUUCUUGUUGUCGGAGAGUAGGAAACGAAAGAUUUACGAGAUAGCUUGCAAAUACGAUUUAAUAAUUGUAGAAGACGAAGUCUACAUGUUCUUGAAUUACACUGAUACAGUUACACCGUCUUUCCUGUCUCUGGAUACAACAGGUCGUGUGGUUCGUAUAGAUUCCAUCUCGAAGGUUGUCAGCGCUGGGUUGAGAGUGGGCUGGCUGACGGGACCUGAACCACUCAUUAGAUAUACGGAACUGUCUUCAUUAUCGCAAAUGCUACAUCCUUGCACUUUAUCUCAGUCAAUAACGUACAGUCUGAUGGCUAAUCGAGAUCGUUUAACAACUCAUCUAUUGAGCACUAUACAAUUUUACAAAAAACAAAAGGAUUAUGUAAAUAAUGCUUUAAAGAAGAUUGAAGAUCUGAUAGAAUGGGAGGAUCCGGCUGGUGGAUACUUUCACUGGGUAAAGAUACGUGGACUUGAAGACGUGCGUAAUAUGGUUUUCAACACGGCGUUCAAGCAUGGCUUGAUGUUAGAACCAGGUCACAAUUUCAAUUAUGACAGUGAGAAGCCAUCUCCGUACAUACGACUGACAUUCACGAGAAUGAACUUGGAACAACUGGACAAUAACGUUAAUACUAUUCGUGAUAUUAUAAUAGAAGAAAGACAACUACAACAAAAAUAA